AUGCAAAUCACAUUACAGGUAAAGUCCUGGGAAAGCCCACGGAGGAUUUACCUGCAGUUUGUGUCUGUGGGAGGAGAGGGGAUUUCUACCUGCAGAGGUCAGCUGAGAAAACACGUUCACUUGACUCAGUGAAAAAUCACAGCCCCAGAACAGACGCCCAGCAUGAUUGAUCUCAGGCAGGAUUAUUAGUUGCAGCUGAAUGAAUGUUGACUCCGGACGGUGAGUCUCUCAGACUUUCAUUGAGGGAACUCGGCUUGUGUAACACCUUGACAAGUGGAUCGACUUAUACAGCUUCUAACUUUCACUUAUUUGCACGCACAGGCUUCAACUGUUAGUGUCUGCCGCUUUGGUUUCGUGCCAACAAAACCGGGAGCCAGCACUGGUCAUUUUGUGACGGAUAAUAUACUAAAUGUAAGUAAAUGCUGACAAUCCUUUUUCCUCCUGCUCCUUAUCUUUUCUUUGGUAGUUUAAUAGAGGCAUACCGUUUUUGCGGGGUUGGGGCAGGAAGCGAGUUAUACCAUGGAAAACAGCUUAAUGCCCAUUUCUUGAAGGGCUUUCCAUGGGCACAAUGUUCUGAAUUAAUUUUUUACUAAAGUGUGCCGUAGUUCCUUCUUCUUGUUAGCUGAAUGGGAAGGGUGCAGCUGGGAUCAUGGAAGGUACACAGGGCAGGGAAAUCCAAUGUGGUGAUGGAGGUAAGGUUAAUGUUGUCUUCAGAUGUUUUGGCACUGAGAUCUAAUUCAGUUCCUGGUGUCUAAUGCUGGCCCAAUGAGGAAUCUUUGUCAUCUAUGCCUUGAUUCAAGAUGAGAUCACAUUUUUAUUAUUACAGAUUCAUCAUGGCUAGAGAUGGAUAGGUUGGUAUUUUUCAUGAUGGUUCUUUUAUCUGGGCAUUAUUUUUCACUGCCACAGAUCCCCUGCUUUGCAGAAGAUGUGAGGUAAAGGGCACACGAAAGAGAGAUGACCAGAGUUCACUUGGCAUUUGACUCAUGCCAAAGCUGACUGGUUAAGGCAGAGGUAGGCAACUUAAGGCCCGGGGGCCGGAUGCGGCCCAAUGGCCUUCUCAAUCCGGCCCGCGGACGGUCCGGGAAUCAGCCUGUUUUUACAUGAGUAGAAUGUGUCCUUUUAUUUAAAAUGCAUCUCUUUUUUUAAAAAAAUUAUGCUUUUUAUUAGAAGGUCAGCAGUUUGAAUCCCCACGACGGAGUGAGCUCCCGUUGCUCGGUCCCUGCUCCUGCCAACCUAGCAGUUCGAAAGCACCUCAAAGUGCAAGUAGAUAAAUAGGUACCGCUCCAGCGGGAAGGUAAAUGGCAUUGCUGUGUGCUGCUCUGGCUCGCCAGAAGCAGCUUAGUCAUGCUGGCCACAUGACCCGGAAGCUGUACACCGGCUCCCUCGGCCAGUAAAGCGAGAUGAGAGCCGCAACCCCAUAGUCAGCCACGACUGGACCUAAUGGUCAGGGGUCCCUUUACCUUUACAAUGAUGUCCAGCAGACUUAUUUCACAGUAGUAGUUUGGAUUUGAUAUCCCGCUUUAUCACUACCCGAAGGAGUCUCAAAGCGGCUAACAUUCUCCUUUCCCUUCCUCCCCCACAACAAACACUCUGUGAGGUGAGUGGGGCUGAGAGACUUCAGAGAAGUGUGACUAGCCCAAGGUAACCCAGCAGCUGCAUGUGGAGGAGCGAAGACACGAACCCAGUUCACCAGAUUACGAGUCUACCGCUCUUAACCACUGCACCACACUGGCUCUCCACAUUUCACAGGGCAUCUCCACAUAGGUGUAUUGAUGACAAUGAAACUCAGUGUAGUUUCUCAAAGCUAAACAUUUUAUUUUCUUUAAAGAAAAGAAAGCGCUUGAUAUUUUCCCAGAAAUCUCUGAGUGGUAUACACCACGUACAAUAUAAAAGCAAUAUACGUGAAGAGAAAAAUGCAGCCUAAAAUCAGGUGGUCUUUCAGGUAGAACAGGGGAGAUGCACCUCAGCUUUAUAGAAUCCCGCAGAACAAGUUCCACGGGGUGGAGAAGAAAUCUUAUUCAGUCUCGCUGCCAAGUGGGAACAAAGCCAACGUAACACCACGCUCCUGGCCGCCGCCUCUGGCUGGCUCAGAAGUAUACCACGACCAUUGGUUCUGAAUGCAACUGAUUGAGAGCUCCUAAAGAAUCUGGGGGGGUCACACCUUGGUGGAGAUUCUCCACUGGAAUGGACACAGCAGUUUCUGUUCCAGAUGUGGGACCUGAAUCUAUACUGACAUGGGUCCAGGUGGUCAGCUUCCCCUUCAAAUGCACACCCCGAAUUUGCCAGUAGGCAGUUGAUUCCCACCCAUGAAAUAACAGCAAUCUGGAAGCAGCCUUAGACUGCAAUCCAAUGGCCUCUAGAAUGGAGUUCCAGAGCCUUAGGAUAUAUUGGGUGUCCAGUGUUGGAGAAGGAGAUCUGAUGUCAUAUUCUUCCAUCAUGAACCCCAAGUUGGCAUAUAUGGGAUUCCCAGACAAUCAUACAUCCAGACCAUGGGUAGGCAAACUAAGGCCUGGGGGCCAGAUCCGGCCCAAUCGCCUUCUAAAUCCAGCCCACGGAUGGUCCAGGAAUCAGCAUGUUUUUGCACGAGUAGGAUGUGCCCUUUUAUUUAAAAUGCAUUGAUGGGAUAUUUGUGGGGCAUAGGAAUUCGUUCAUCCCCCCCCCAAAAAUAUAUAGUCCGGCCCCCACAAGGUCUGAGGGACAGUGGACCAGCCCCCUGCUGAAAAAGUUUGAUCGAGAUACAGUGGUACCUCGGGUUACAUUCGCUUCAGGUUACAGACUCCACUAACCCAGAAAUAUUACCUCGGGUUAAGAACUUUGCUUCAGGAUGAGAACAGAAAUUGUGCUCCGGCGGAGCGGUGGCAGCAGGAGGCCCCAUUAGCUAAAGUGGUGCUUCAGGUUAAGAACAGUUUCAGGUUAAGAACGGACCUCCGGAACGAAUUAAGUACUUAACCCGAGGUACCACUGUACUGCUUAGCUUCAGUCCAUGUCUUUACUGAAAAAAUGCCUGCUUGAUGUCAGUGUCAUCCUACAUGAACUUAAAACACAUUCUAUAUGCCCUCAAUGACUUUGCAAGGACAGGGGUUGUUAAGUUGUGGGUGAACAUAUCAGAUGACACAACGAUUCUUCAAACAGCUCUUGUUUAUUCACAGGCCAGAACAGAACUGAACUGAAGGGUUCAGCCAGCCUGCUUAUAUAGAGCUCCACUAGAACGCAACAGUAACCACUUUCUGUAACUGUCCCAUCACUGAACGUCACUUUCAAUCCCUUAUUUGCAUAUGUGGACCUGAGUGAAAACUAUCUACAGUAUUCCCCCUGCUGGCCCAGGGUGAGAACUUCAGUACGUAACAGGGGUGUCUUUCAGGCGAGCAUGUCUAUCAUUAAACAUCUUCUUAUGGAAGAAGUCUUGAGCUUCUAAGGAACUCCAGAGCUCCCCAGCACACAUUUUGAGCACCACUGAGAGUGUUUCAACUGAGCGAAUGCCGUUCAUUGUUUGGCUUUGGUGAGCAAUAAUACAGUGGGCAGCACAGAAUGGUGGCAUUAGAUGAAAGCUAACUGCCCCGCCAGUUCAUGCUUUGGUGAGCGCAGCCCUGUGUAACUUCAGACUUUGAAGUCAGCGGCAUGCCCACUCCCAGGAAAGUCAGCGAAAGCCCUUCAAAAUAUAGCACAUUCCCACUUCCCUUCCAAACAACCAUACCCAUCAGAAUGAAGCAAUGCAGUGUGGCGACACCAAUACUUGCUUCCAAGUAUUGAACAAGUAUUAUAAGCCUAUUUAGUGAGACAUACAGUGGUACCUCGGGUUAAGUACUUAAUUCGUUCCGGAGGUCCGUACUUAACCUGAAACUGUUCUUAACCUGAAGCACCACUUUAGCUAAUGGGGCCUCCCGCUGCUACCGCGCCUCCGGAGCAUGAUUUCUGUUCUUAUCCUGAAGCAAAGUUCUUAACCUGAAGCACUAUUUCUGGGUUAGCAGAGUCUGUAACCUGAAGCGUAUGUAACCUGAAGCGUAUGUAACCUGAGGUACCACUGUAUAAUGUUCCUCUGUUUGGACAGGUGUUACAUCCGUUCAGGAGAAGAAUAGCCUAAGGCGUGGGUAGGCAAACUUAAGGCCCGGGGGCCGGAUCUGGCCCAACCGCCUUCUAAAUCUGGCCUGUGGACGAUCCGGGAAUCAGCAUGUUUUUACAUGAGUAGAAUGUGUCCUUUUAUUUCAAAUGCAUCUCUGGGUUAUUUGUGGGGCCUGUCUGGUGUUUUUACAUGAGUAGAAUGUGUGCUUUUAUUUAAAACGCAUCUCUGGGUUAUUUGUGGGGCAUAGGAAUUCGUUCACCACCCCCCCCAAAGAAAAUAUAGUCCGGCCCCCCACAAGGUCUGAGGGACAGUGGACCGGCCCCCUGCUGAAAAAGUUUGCUGACCCCUGGGCUAAGGAGUCAACCCUACACAAAUUGAGACUGGGUGGAUGGCUUUAUUUUUACACCUCCUUCCUGCAACUCCUGCAGCCAAGCUAGUGCUAAAUGUAUUGCUCUGGUUUUUUUGGCCCAGAGGUUGGGGGCGGGGGCUUGUCAUCUAGGCAACCCAGGACCUCCAUACACACUGCCCAGGCUUGCGCCCCAGGGAGCUGCUAGCACAGUGUUUUUACUUCACCCCUGGAGGUGCACUCCAUUGUCUCUCAAGACAGACGGAUGCCAACAGCAUCCAUUCCAUACAUGUAAAGCACUCUUAUAUCACUUUAAUAGUCAUGGCCAGUCAGUCAGUCAGUCAGUUUUAUUGCACAUAGCCAAAGGCUGCCGCAAUGCACACAGAAUCAUUCAACAAUUAAAAGAAAAUAUACUGGAUUGAUACAAAAGACUUAAAACAUUUAUAUUAUCAAAACAUUACGUACAGUGGUGCCCCGCAAGACGAAUGCCUCGCAAGACGGAAAAACCGCUAGACGAAAGGGUUUUCCGUUUUGAAGUUGCUUCGCAGGACGAAUUCCCCUAUGGGCUUGCUUCGCAAGACGAAAAUACCUUGCGAGUCAUUAGAAUUUAUUUUCGCUUUUACCCCCCUUUAUCUACUCUGCUACUCCUCUAAUAGCCAUUAAUAGCCUUUUAGCAGCUAAUCCCUAAGCCUUUAAGCCUUUAAUAGCCGCUAAACAGCUGAUAGCGCUAAUAGCGCUAAUCCGUCAAUGGGCUUGCUUCGCAAGACGAAAAAACCGCUAGACGAAGACUCUUGCGGAACGGAUUAAUUUCGUCUUGCGAGGCACCACUGUACUGUAAACAGAGCUAUAAAAGUACAGUGGUACCUUGGGUUACAUACGCUUUAGGUUACACACUCCGCUAACCCAGAAAUAGUGCUUCCGGUUAAGAACUUUGCUUCAGGAUAAGAACAGAAAUCGGGCUCUGGCGGACCGGCGGCAGCAGGAGGCCCCAUUAGCUAAAGUGGUGCUUCAGGUUAAGAACAGUUCCUGGUUAAGAACAGAACUCCGGAACCAAUUAAGUACUUAACCAGAGGUACCACUGCACCCCAAUAUACAAAUCAAGACAUUAAACAAUAAAAUUCAUAAGCUAAAAUCAUCACAUGGCCACUAAUAUAUCAAAAAACAAUGUCAAUUAAUACAGCGUGCAAUUAUACUCGGAGUUUGGUGACGAAGAUAGAAUAUAGCUUGAUGUAGAUAGGGUCAAAUAAAUUCAUCUCCUUUACAGUUGGUGGCUACCUUGGCUAUAUAAUUUGCUCUAAUUUUCCCAGCGGCAGCUGCAAAGAGUGCUACACGCCAGGUCACAUACUUAUCUGUGUCUGCGAGGAGAUAUAAAUUCAUGUUAAUAGUCAUGGCUUUCCCCAAAGAAUUCUUCUUUUUUAUAUAUAUAUAUUUUAUUAACAAACCAAUCAAAUCACAUUAAUUCCAAAUUACAGAGCCAAAUUUUAAAUUUUUGUUGGGGGUACCCAUGUUUCGAGCUCUGAAAGGGAUCCAGUCAUCUUAUUGCUGCUGCUUUGAUGUUCACAAUUCUGUCCAAAUAAUGUUCACAAUUCUAUCCAUUCCUUCUUUGUUGUUUUCCUCAUCUCUUCUUGUUGUUUUCGUAUAUUUUACCUUUCUUUACAUUGUGACCUCUGAUAGUCUCCACAAGCGUGUUGAAAACAAGCAUUUUUAUAAUCCUGUGUGGGUUUUCCCAUUCAUCCAAGAGUCUUAUUCAGACAGCAGACGCAUUUCAUCACUUCCAUAUAAACAAUCUUAGCGUCUGCUCAUUAAUCUUCGCAGGCCUGUCACUCCCUUCUCGUUUCCCCAAAGAAUUCUGGGAAUUGUAGUUUGUUGGGAAUUGUAGCUCUGUGAGGCGUCUCCUAACAAUGCUCAGCACUGAAUGUAUGGCUGUAAACAGGGUGUGGUGUUUUUUUUAAACUGUGUGUAUUAAUUUUUUUAGGGUGGUUUGUUUUAUGAGACAAAGUUGGGCUUCUAGAGGUUUGCUUGAGGAAUUUGAGCGUUUUGAAUUUCAACACCUAUUGACUUGACCUGAUUUGCACCUCCAGAGCUAAUGUGUGGACUCUCUCUCUUUCAUAUCUCCUAAAUGAUCUGAUAUAGAUCUAGGCACUUUGUUAUUUGUCAUUUUUUUAAAAAAAGAAGAUGAAUUUAAAAUAAAUUUUUAAAUACACAUUUAAAUGUGAACUUUUGUGUGGGCUUAAAAAAAAUUGCUGGUUGGUGCAGAAAUGGGCAGAAACAGAUAUGUGACUGAUCAUGUGACGCUGAUAUGAAAAUAUACUGAUUGAUUCAUCCCUGCUUAUACAGGUGAAAUACUUAUCUGCUUUGCUUUGCAGAUCAUUGACAAGUGAGCCAUCUUAGCCAGUGGUGAAAAUAAUCUUCACAAAUGGGCUGCAGUUGUUACUUCUCCAUCCAUGUCUGUCUUUUUCUUGUGUGUGGAGGGUAAGCUGAAAUAUUUAAGAAUAUCUGCCGCACAGCUAAUCCGUUUAUGCAAGAAAAUAAGGCUUGGCUCCUUGGGCUAGGGGCUGGGGAUGGGAAGGUUCUCCAGUAUAGAAGCAUCCAGAUAGUUUUCUGGGGCUAUUGCAUGAGAUAAAAAUCUGAGACGGGAAUUUAGAUAGGCUUUCUAAAGUGUCCAAUUCUUUUUUUAAAAAAGAGGAUAUGAUGAAAAGGAAAAAAAAUACAUAUUUGCGCAUAUAUAUAUAUAUAUAUAUAUAUUACACACACACACAGAGAGAGAGAGAGAGAGAGAGAGAGAGAGAUUGGUACCUCAGGUUACAUGCGCUUCAGGUUACAGACUCCAGUAACCCAGAAAUAUUACCUCAGGUUAAGAACUUUGCUUCAGGAUGAGAACAGAAAUCGUGCUCUGGCAGUGCAGCGGCAGCAGGAGGCCCCAUUAGCUAAAGUGGUGCUUCAAGUUAAGAACAGUUUCAGGUUAAGAACGGACCUCUGGAACGAAUUAAGUACUUAACCUGAGGUACCACUGUGUGUGUGUGUGUAUAUAUAUACAGUAUAUAUAUAUAUAUAUAUAUAUAUAUAUAUAUAUAUAUAUAUUACACACAGACAUACACACACUAUAUAUAUAUAUAUAUAUGAAUGAGAGAGAGAUGCAAAUUUAGAAAAUAAUUACUAGAAUGUAUAUUUCACAGAAGGCUAGCGAAUUAAUUUCACUUCCCAACUAAAAUCACCCCGAAUACAUUAUUGUAUUAAUUUGUACCCCAUCCACAUGUCCUCCAAUUAACGUGUUCCAAUAAUGUCUUGCCCAGUAGUAGCAGCAAACCAAUUCCAUUUCAAUUAAUUAUCCCCAUCUCAGAUUUCCCCCAAAAACUUCUAAUUGGGGUGGAAAUCAUAGCUGGAAUCCCAUAUGGAACCAUACAGAAAGAGUAGUGACUUUGCUGCGGACUUCCCCCUCCUGGUGGGUCUCACAAAACAAAAUAAUUUAACUGUUAAAGGCCAGGAUAAAGAGGCAUGUCUUCAUCAAACAGCAAGAGCUAUGCAGUUAAGAUGCUAAGUAAAGGUAAAGGGACCCCUGACCAUUAGGUCCAGUCGUGACUGACUCUGGGGUUGCGGCGCUCAUCUCGCUUUAUUGGCCGAGGGAGCCGGCAUACAGCUUCCGGGUCAUGUGGCCAGCAUGACUAAGCCACUUCUGGCGAACCAGAGCAGCGCACGGAAACACCAUUUACCUUCCCGCUGGAGCGGUACCUAUUUAUCUACUUGCACUUUGAGGUGCUUUCGAACUACUAGGUGGGCAGGAGCAGGGACCGAGCAAUGGGAGCUCACCCCGUCGCAGGGAUUCGAACCACCGACCUUCUGAUCGGCAAGUCCUAGGCUCGGUGGUUUAACCCACAGCGCCACCUUAGAUGAGUGGUUUUCCCCCUCCAUAUCACGGACCACUUGAAAAUUGCUGUGGGUCUUGGCAGACCGCUUCAUGGUUUUUCUUCCAGUUGUAGCAACACUAGCCAGUAAUUUGGCGACUGCAGUUCUGUUCCAGUUAAAGUUAUAGCUUUCCUUACCUGGUACCUGUUGAUUAUACGAUAAUAGCCACUUAUUUGUUGUUUAGCAAUUAUCUGGAGCAGCAACAGAAACAAUGUUCAGUGUUCUACAUGCCUUUUUUUUUUAAUAGUGAAAAAAUCCUGCCACAUGGCUUUGCGCCCAUGUUCCCAGCCUCUAGAGAUGAGGCAGAAAGUGGCUGAUGAUUUAUACCUGACACAGGGAGCGCCUCUUCCUUUGGCUCAUACUUAGCAGAUUAUCUCAUACUUGCUGUCUAAAAUAUUCAAGUAUUUAGUGUUUCUUUUGGUUCCUCCCCCCCGCCCCCGCUUUGCACUGUAAAAUUAUUCUUGACUGAUAAUUAAAUCCUGCCUAGUGGGGGGCUGUUGGUGGGGAGUGAAAAAGGUCCCUAUUUUCAUCUGAGGAAUGUGGGAGAGUAGGCAAGCCCUUGUUUUUAAUCCAGUGACAAUUAGACACCGACUACCUUCUCACACAGAACCACAAGCAGGCGUUUAGUAUUUAAAUGCUGCAUAAAUGCAAUAUGAAGAUUCUGUUUGGUUUAUGAGUGUUGGAUGCGAUGAGAAGAGGAAGGCUGCAGCUGCGUAACAGAUGAGUAGCCACUGCCACAUUCAACAUUUCUUACUUUUCGUUUUCAGAAAGUGCAUUUUGGGUCAUUAUGCUGACACGUCAGAUAGCCGAGCCUCAACAUCCCUCCCUGGAUUCGGGAACCUCACCCGGGGAUACAACAGAUAUCUCAGGCCAAAAUUUGGUGGUAUGACAUCAUCAGCAUCUUUUAUAGUUUUGUAGGACCUGCCAAAGUCUUUCAGCGUUGCAGAGAGGAAAUAAUUUAUUGGUCUUUAUAAUUUUGUCUUUAUGCCCCUGUUUGAGCUGAAUUUAGAGACCCUUGCCUAUCCCCAAUCCUUUUAUUAACUUAAGAUCAGUUGCCUUUACCCUAAUUCCAGUGUUGAGGAAGAAUGUCUGCUUUAUAUACAUUAUUUACACAAUGGGCCCCACAUGAUUGGCUAAUUCCGGGAUUCUCCUGUAGGCCAAUCAGGUUGCGGAUUCACUUCCACCUGGAGCUGGAUUGGGUGGCUCCUGUGGACCAAUCAGACUGCUGCAUUCUGGAUCCUAUUGUUCUAGGACCAAUCAGACUGCUGCAUUCUGAAUCCUGUUGUUCUAGGACCAAUCAGACUGCUUCAUUUUGGAUCCUAUUCAACUCAGUACAUAACAAAUAUAGAGCAGUUCUCAGUUUCUAUCUGUACGGAGAUUUUGGCAUAAGGCGAUUGUAUCACAAUUUCUUUCGAAAUCUGUGUUGGGUCUCCAGCUGUUGUUGACUACAACUCCCAUCAUCCCUGACUACUGGUUCUGCUAGCUAGGGAUGAUGGAAGCUGUAGUCCAACGACAAAUGGAGACCCUGGUUUGAGGAAACACUGUUAUUAAUGAUUAAAUCAGCUCUUGACUUAGAGUGGCAGCGGGAAGCACCGGCUCUGUGGUCAAAUGCAGCCUUUAAGGUCUCUGUCAAGUCAUGGGGCUCUCGCUAGACCCUGGCCUUCACUGUUCCUGUUCUGUAGCUUCAACAAGUGCUUUUGCCGGGCCAGAAUGCAUCCUUGUGUUAAUGUGCAUCAUCUGGAUGUAGAGAUGUGUGUGCACGGAAUGCGCUGACUCUUGUUUGGCUGCAGUGUUUGGCUGUACAAAGAUAAGAAUCCCAUUAACUGGCCCACCUACUUUUUAUUUUGGGCCCCACCCAGAACCACCAUAUGGCCCCAAGAAUGACAGAAUGUGGCCCUCAGGCGGAAAAAUGUUCCCCACUCCAGACUCAGAAGAAUCCAGCUGUCAUCCUUAUGGGAUGAUGGUCAAGUGUGAGGGAACAUCAACUCUCUUUGAGGAAUCAACUACCCCCCGAUAAAAUAGAUAUCAGAUAUCUUAUAUCAGUGUUAACCAUGGCUAGCUGCCCUGUUUCAAAAUGUGUGUUGAUCCUUCCAUCCAGAGCAGUAGAAAACAAACUUGCUCCAUCUUCUGUGUGACAACCCUUUAGAUAUUUGAAGACAGCUAUCGCAUCACCUAGACAGCAUCUUAAAAAGCAGAGACAUCACCUUGCCAACAAAGGCCCAUAUAGUUAAAGCUAUGGUUUUCCCAGUAGUGAUGUAUGGAAGUGAGAGCUGGACCAUAAAGAAGGCUGAUCGACGAAGAAUCGGUGCUUUUGAAUUAUGGUGCUGGAGGAGACUCUUGAGAGUCCCAUGGACUGCAAGAAGAUCAAACCUAUCCAUUCUGAAGGAAAUCAGCCUUGAGUGCUCACUGGAAGGACAGGUCCUGAAGCUGAGGCUCUAAUACUUUAGCCACCUCAUGAGAAGAGAAGACUCCCUGAAAAGACCCUGAUGUUGGGAAAGAUGGAGGGCACAAGGAGAAGGGGAUGACAGAGGACGAGAUGGUUGGAUAGUGUCUUCGAAGCUACCAGCAUGAGUUUGACCAAACUGCGGGAGGCAGUGGAGGACAGAAGUGCCUGGCGUGCUCUGGUCCAUGGGGUCACGAAGAGUUGGACACAACUAAACGACUAAACAACAACAUCGCAUCACCUCUGUCAUCUUUUCUGCAGGCUAACCCUACCCAAUACCCUCACCUGUUCCAUUGUUCAUUUACUAGGGAGUCUGAAGCCUUCCUACUAGGUGUAACUGAAGAUGAGAUCCCCAUGAAGGCAUGCAACUUAUUUCUCUAUAGCCGUACACUAGAUGUUGGAAAGAAAGUGAAACUAAGGAACAGUGGCUAUAUAAAUUGACAGAAUUUGCAGAACUUGCCAAUAUGACAGCCAACAUAAGAAAUCUGGAUGAAAGGAUGAAUGGGAAAGCUUUGGGGAGUACCUAAGAAAAUAUGAUACUGCAAUUAAAUUACAAGGAGGAGUAAUCACAUGAGCAGCAGUCAACUAUAAUUAAGGAGUAAAAGGGAUGAAAGAAAGGUGGAUAAAUGGAGAUGUAGGAGGCUAGGUUGGGAAGUCCAUACAUAAAUAUUCUAUGUGGAGGAAACAUGAUGUGAAAAUGGAAAAAUGGGAAAUACAUGAAUAUAUAUAUAUAUAUAUAUAUAUAAAAUUUAAUAGGAAGUAAGCCUCACAAACACAUUAGGCCUUACUUAUGAGUAAACAUGCAUAGCCCAACAUUGCACAAAGCCUGGUAUGUUCCUUCUUCCACAGUGCAAUUUAGUGUAUUAUUCUUAUUAUUGCUAAACAUUUUCUGUACUUUGCGUACUCCUAAUAGUAGACACCUCCUACCCUAGCAAUAAUAAAUAUGACCUUAGCAGCCUUAGAGCAAUGUAAGCAGCUUGAAAUGUUGGGACCAGAUUUAUUUAUGUAGUAAUUUUAAUAUCCCACUUUCCCCCAAGAAUUCAGAAAAAGCUAACAAAAUGUUUGAGAUGCAGUGGUUUUUAUGUUGCCAUAUCACUGGCAGGUAUUAAACACAGCAAAUCCCUGUACUUGGGGUUGCUCUGUAAGCUCCAUUGAGUUUAACGGCACUUUUUGCCAGGUAUAUGUCUGUAAAUGACUACAGCCUAAUGGCCCUUUAAACAGUCUUUCAAUGCAGCAGAUAAAAAGAGCUGGAAUGGGAGAAAGAGAAGAACUGGACCAAAAAGUAAUAAUAAUGGAAAAGCAUAAUAAUUUAAAAAUUUAAGAAUAUAGAUAUCUUUACAGACAGAUAAACAAUUAUAGUGAUUAGUUCAUUUGAAUGGUGGUCAAGGCAGCAGAAGGAAUAACUCCCACCUGAUGGGGCAACAUUGAAAGGGCUAGUAUAUAUUUUUAGCUUUUUUAUUUAUUAGUUGGUUGUCACCCAAAGGUCUCCAAGCAACUUACAGCAAAGAAAAAUAGAGGAAUUGCCUGGUUAUGUCUGGGCAUAAGCAAAUACUUUCUAAGUUCUAAGUGAGUGAACAGGAAGAAGUCUAUAUUAUAACUAGGAUUUUUUGUCCAAUCUCUUUUUCUCACACCAUUAUAAUCUCCUGUCUAUGGAGUCAACACAUCAGAUGUCAUUGUUGACAUCUCAUAAGAAGACCUCAAGAUGCUUAUUAAUCAUAACAGUCAUUCCGCUUCUUCAUGACAAGGCCAUGUACUGUUUAGGUAACCUUCAUUUUAUAAUGAAUCUGACCUUCUUCAACUUGGUCGUCUUCAUUCUUUCAAUGGCUCGCAUUCCUGUAGAACACGGGAGCUGGUCAUUCACAUUUUUGAAAGCAUCUGCUUCAGAAUUAAUGAGCUAUCCACAUCCUGGUCUCCCCCGCCAACACCCCUCAGUUAAGGAGCUUUGUACCGCAAGGCCUAGGCAUGUCUACUCAGCAGUAGCCCCAAGCCCCAAGGAUGUUAAUGGAAUUUACUCCCAGGUAAGCAUGUAUAGAAUUACAGCCUCAGAGGGCUAUAUUCUUAAUGCGUAAGCCCAGUGUGAUAAUAAAUGCCACUCUUCCCAAAUGUCCUAGCAGAUCAACGGGAAUUUUGAUUUUGUCCUCAUUCAUGCUUUCUGUCUUUUGCUCAGUAGGCAAAGAUGUCACAGCCUGCUUAGGAAUGCAUUUAAAACUAUCUUCCAGAGUGGGAACUGAGUCAUAGCAAAGCAAUAAGCUCAUCUUUAGGACUGGCCGAUGUAUCAACCUAUCGUCCCAAACCGGUUAGAAGUCCAUAUCGUGAUAUCGGUUUCAUAAUUUUUGACCUGACAAUAUAUCACAAAUCAUGACGUGUCAGUGCGCUAUGCAAAAAUCACAAUGUUGGGGAAAACAUGGCCGUCUCUCGAUUCCUGCAGCCCCAGUUAACUCUGCCAGCUCAAUUCUCCUGGAAGAGGCAGCGAAUCACAAGAGCAGACGCUGGCCCAAAUCACGAUGCAGGAAAAACCAUGAAGCCAGCCAACGCCCUGUCAUAGCUUCAUCCCUAUUUCAGACAUCAUGAUAUAUUGGUAUAUCACAAUGUUUAUUGCGAUGUUGGUGAUAUAUUGCGAUGUUGAAAACCUAGCCCUGCUCAUCUUAUGCUAAAUCAUUAGACUAUUGGUACCCUUAGCUUGGUAUCACCUAGACUGAUUCUGCAAUUUAAACUUCCCUUUCCAUUCCUUUUGCAGGAGAGCCUGUGGUAAUAGCCAUGAGCCUUGACGUUGCGAGCAUUUCCAGCAUUUCUGAGAGUGAUAUGGUAAGCAAACAAUCCUGGAAGUGGGAAUAAAAGGAAUUAAGGAAGCUCCGGGGAGCAGGGAGUCGGUGGGAAUCUAGAUGCAGUUUCUGAUACAGUCAUACCUCAUGUUACGUCCUCUUCAUGUUACGUUCUUUCAGGUUACGUCCCGCAGCGACCUGGAAGUACCGGAAAGGGUUACUUCCGGGUUUUGCCGCUCGUGCAUGCGCAGAAGCACAAAAUGACGUCACGCGCAUGCGCAGAAGCAGCGAAUUGCAACCCGCGCAUAUGCAGACGCGUUGCUGUGGGUUGUGCUCUUUUCAUGUUGCGAACAGGCCUCCAGAACGGAUUUGUAGAGUUGGAAAAGGUUCAGGAAAGGGCAACCAAAAUGAUCAAAGGCAUGGAGCAACUUCUCUAUAAAGGAAAUAGGGAAAGGGUGGCACUGUGGUCUAAACCCUGAGCCACUUGGGCUUGCUGAUUGGAAGGUUGGUGGUUCGAAUCCCCAUGACGAGCUGAGCUCCUGUUGCUCUGUCCCAGCUCCUGCCAACCUAGCAGUUCCAAAGCACGCCAGUGCAAGUAGAUAAAUAGGUACAGUGGUACCUCAGGUUACAUAUGCUUCAGGUUACAUACGCUUCAGGUUACAGACUCCGCUAACCCAGAAAUAGUGCUUCAGGUUAAGAACUUUGCUUCAGGAUGAGAACAGAAAUUGUGCUCCAGCAGUGCGGUGGCAGCAGGAGGCCCCAUUAGCUAAAGUGGUGCUUCAGGUUAAGAACAGUUUCAGGUUAAGAACGGACCUCCACAACGAAUUAAAUACUUAACCCGAGGUACCACUGUACUGCUGUGGCAGGAAGGUAAACAGCAUUUCCAUGCGCUCUGGUUUCCGUCACAGUGUUCCAUUGCACCAGAAGCAGUUAAGUCAUGCUGGCCACGUGAUCCGGAAAGCUGUCUGUGGACAAAUGCCAGCUCCUUCAGUCUGAAAGUGAGAUGAGUGCCACAACUCCAUAUUCGCCUUUGACUGGACUUAACCAUCCAGGGGUCCUUUCCCUUUUACCUUUACCUACCUUUUGUUAUUAUAGACCUCUGGUAAGGGAACCUAAUAUGCAGGAACAGGAGAGUAAAAGCAAGUUAAGAAACCCCAGUCUGGUCCAAAGGACAAAGGACAUAGUUCUCAUCAACAUGGUGAGCAAUGUGUUGGCGUGCCAGGCAGUGUCUCCUUGUUAGUCAGGUGGACAGCAGUUGUGGGCUGGUACAUUGGCCAGUUUCUCUCUCCUUCAGCAUCAGCAUGACAUCACAAUGGCCUGUGUCUCUCCUUCUGGUUGGACACAUCCAUGUGAGAACACAGUGGCCAGUCUAUGAAAUAGGCAGCAUCAGCAUGAGAUCACAGUGGCCAGUUUUUCUCCCUCAGGUGGCUAGCAUGGGCCACAUUGGGCAGCCCCUGUCCUUCAGGCAGGGAGCAUCAUCUUGUGGGGAGAGGCAUUCAUUCGUCUUUGUUCCUCUUCCACUCAGGCAGGCAGUAGCAUGUGGGCAGAAUAUUUAUUUCUCUUGUGGAAGCUGCCAAAAGCAGCACGAUCUCUUUCUCAGUGCGGUGGGCUUAGUUGGGAGCAGAUGGUGGGCCCUGUAUGUUCUUCUCUUAGUGAGGUGGUCAGCAGAAGCAUGAGUGUAGUGGUCAUCUCACUGAAAUGGGCAGCAGCAUGCGGACAGAGAAGCAGCAGGCAAGGCAAAGAGCAGGCAAGUAGGCAAUCCAUCUAUUACAGGGCCUCUUUGCUUACAGGAAGUGGAUGCCGGUGGCACUUUGGUCUAAACCACCGAGCCUCUCAUGCUUGCUGAUCAUGAGGUCGGCAGUUCCAAGUCUGCGUGAAGGGGUGAGCUCCCAUUGCUCUGUCCCAGCUCCUGCCAACCUAGCAGUUCAAAAGCACACCAGUGCAAGUAGAUAAAUAGGUACCACUGCGGUGGGAAGGUAAACAGCAUUUCCAUGCACUCUGGUUUCCAUCACAGUGUCCCAUUGCACCAGUAGCAGUUUAGUCAUGCUGACCACAUGACCCGGAAAAGUGUCUGUGGUCAAACGCCGGCUCCUUCAACCUGAAAGCGAGAUGAGCACUUAAACCCCAUAGUCACCUUUGACUGGACUUAACCAUCCAGGGGUCCUUUACCUUUACCUUUUACCUGUAAAGGAAGGUUACAGUAUUUGGACCUUUUUCGAAAAGGUGAGUAAGAAGCAAUAUGAUAGAAGUUUAUAAAAUCCAUAUAAAAUCUCCUUCUGUUGCACCCUACUUUCCCUCUCUUAUGCCGUAACAACAAUGCUAUCAUCUCCAAUUCCUUCUGUUACUCAUGGUUCAAAUCCUGCUCACAAAUUCAUCAUACUGGAGUAUUUCUUUAAGUAAUCCGAAAAAGACUUCCAUUCUUCCAUGAAACAAAUGUCAUUAGAUUCUCUUAUUUUGGCUAUUAACUUUGCCAAUUCCACACUUGCUUAUCUAUUCUUCUUUGGUGGGGACUUCUUCUUCCUUCCAUUUUUGUGCAUAAAGAAUCCUAGCUUAAUCAGCUUAAUCAUCUUUUUUAAAAGAACUUCUUUCCCUAUAAUCCCUAAGAGAAAAGCUUCAGGGUUUGUUGGUUUUUUGGUAUAAUCACUUUAAACAUCUUUUUCAUCUCAUCAUAUAUCAUUUCCCAAAAUACCCUCGCUUUCUUACAAGUCCACCGCGUAUGAAAAAAAAGAUCCCUCUACCUGUUUACACUUCAGAAGUGUAUAAAAUCCUGCAAGUGGCUAGAGAAAAGGUUUUCCGCCUUCUUAAUAAAACUAUAAUUUGUGGACCUCUAGCAAAGCUGAAUGUGGUAGUUGUUAAAUUUCAAAGUCCUGCAUAGUUUGACCUUGACAUAUCAAAAGGACCACCUGUUCCUAUAUGAUUUUGCCUGCCUGUUAAGUUCUGGAGGUUGUGUUCCUGCUACCCACUGCCAUAUGGGAUGAUGAGUACAUGCAGCAGAGUCUUUUCAGUGGUGGCACCAAAUUUCUGGAACUCCUGCCGGGCGGAUGCUCCUUUAGCCCCUGCUACCGGAUCCCCAGUGUCUGUUUAUGGCGAUGCCGUUUUUAGCAAAUGGAUUGUUUCUUUUAAAUUCCUUGUAUUGUUGUCAUAGGACGCGGGUGGCGCUGUGGGUAAAACCUCAGCGCCUAGGGCUUGCCAAUCGCAUGGUUGGCGGUUCGAAUCCCCACGGUGGGGUGAGCUCCCGUCUUCGGUCCCAGCUCCUGCCCACCUAGCAGUUCAAAAGCACGUCCAAGUGCAAGUAGAUAAAUAGGUACUGCUUUAUAGUGGGAAGGUAAACGGCGUUUCCGUGUGCUGCGCUGGUGCCGGCUCGCCAGAGCAGCUUCGUCACGCUGGCCACGUGACCCGGAAGUGUCUGCGGACAGCGCUGGCUCCCGGCCUCUUAAGUGAGAUGAGCGCACAACCCUAGAGUCGGACACGACUGGCCCGUACGGGUAGGGGUACCUUUACCUUUUAUUGUUGUCAUAGUAUUUUGUUUGUGGGCUGCUCUGGCCAAAAGAGGUGUUAAAAUAAACAAACAAAGAAGCCCAGACUUGAGACACUGCAGGCAUCUUUUGAAAAUAAGGCACCUCUGAGAUGAGAAUGACAAAUAGGUGUCCGAAGUCAUUGGUCUAUAGAACACCGCAGCUUUUUAGUAUCCAUUUAAAUGCAGAACUCCGUUGAAAGCUGCUGUCUACUGGGGUUUGGAACCCAUAGGAAGUCUUUGCAAGGCUGAGCCAAUCUUUCAUGAAGCUAACUUUCCAGGUAUCCCAAAGCUAUUAAUCAACAAAUAUUAUCUUCAUACAGUAGUCUUCUCAUCACUAUAGCACUCACAUUUUCAGGUCUCACGCAGAACAUUAUAGAGAUGUACUCUUUUGCUAGAUAAAUAAUUGAACUACAAAUGACCCGGGGGUUUUCACCUUCAUUGCUGAGAUUAAUAAUUCACUGCUUUGAAAUGCAUAAUGGUGCACCAUCUCAAUCAUUUAGGUGGAGAAAUUUCCCCCCUAACAGCAUGAGAAUAAAAUCUGAAAGCUAGAAAUGAUAUACAUGAAGUCUUGGGAUGACUUUUUUUGGUUAACAGCUUUCAUUCCAAAGCUUGUUAAAGUCUAUGCACUCAACACAAAAGGAAUCCUUUCACCCAGCACUGAAGUAGAGUGAAACAUGAUAUUCUGAAUGCAGAGAGCAAUGAAUCCUACUUUGCCUGCCAUGAUUACCUGAGGACAAGGCUGAUGUUCAAAUGCGGCAGGCGAGAGACACACCUACAGUACCAUACCUGCAACAGAUGCGAAUUUAAACUACUUAAGCUAUGUUAAGGAGCUACGGGUGGGUGGGUUGCGGCCUCAUCCAAGUUGGGUGGCAACAGGAACACUCCCACCGUGCAAAUAUAUGGCAAAAGAUUAAGAAAUGGGUCCCCAGAUGGAUGGGUGUUUGGGUUAAAAAUAGAUUCUGGGUCUGAAAAGUUUGAAGACUGUACCUUUAAAGCCCUUAACGGCCUUGGCCCAGUAUACCUGAAGGAGCGUCUCCACCUCCAUUGUUCUGCCCGGACACUGAGGUCCAGCUCCAAGGGCCUUCUGGUGGUUCCCUCACUGUGAGAACUGAAGUUACAGGGAACUAGGCAGAGGGCCUUCUUGGUAGUGGUGCCUGCCCUGUGGUAGUGGCGCCCUCCCAUCAGAUGUCAAGGAAAUAAACAACUAUCAGACUUUUGGAAGCCAUCUAUAGGCAGCCUUGUUUAGGGAAGUUUUUAACAUUCUGUUGGGAGCUGCCCAGAGUGGCUGGGGAAACCCAGCCAGAUGGACAGGGUAUAAAUAAAUUAUUAUUAUUAUUAUUAUUAUCAUCAUCAUCAUCAUCAAUUAACUAUAAAGGGACACGGGUGGAAAGGGAUGCGGGUGGUGCUGUGGCGCUGUAGGACUUGCCGAUCAGAAGGUCGGCGGUUUGAAUCCCCGCGACGGGGUGAGCUCCCGUUGCUCGGUCCCUGCUCCUGCCAACCUGGCAGUUCGAAAGCAUGUCAAAGUGCAAGUAGAUAAAUAGGUACCGCUCCGGCGGGAAGGUAAACGGCGUUUCUGUGUGCUGCUCUGGUUCGCCAGAAGCGGCUUAGUCAUGCUGGCCACAUGACCCGGAAGCUGUACGCCAGCUCCCUUGGCCAAUAAAGCGAGAUGAGCGCCACAACCCCAGAGUCGGUCACGACUGGACCUAAUGGUCAGGGGUCCUUUACCUUUACCUUAACUAUAAAACAGCAAAAAAUGUACUAAGUUACAGAGCAGUGUGGAGAACUAAAAGAAUCAAGAUGAGCAAAUUUCAGAAAUGCCUAUAGGACAGAGGGACUACAUUCAAUAAACAUAUGCUCAGAAAACCCUUCGGAUAAGGCAGUUGAACUCCACCUGUCAAAAGUCUCUCUAACUUAGAGAGUUUUCCUUUUCCAUGCAGCAAUGUCCUGAAUGCCUGCUCAUGAGCUGCCUUCUUUUCCAGGACUACACGGCGACAAUAUAUUUGCGACAACGCUGGACAGAUCCUCGCCUGGUUUUUCAGGGGAACAAAAGUUUCACUCUGGAUGCCCGACUGGUGAAAUACCUGUGGGUUCCUGACACGUAUAUUGUGGAGUCUAAGAAUUCUUUCUUGCAUGAGGUCACAGCAGAGAAUCGGCUUAUACGGCUGUUCUCUAACGGCACCGUCUUGUAUGCUUUGCGGUAAGUCUUGCAUGUGCUCCUACUGUUUUGCUACCCUUUGUUACCAUUGAGUAGCAGAAAGAUUGCAGACAGGUGCAACAGUCAGGAAUUCAAGGCCCAAGAGACACCAUUAGAUUCUGAGGGUCAGGAAUAUCUGGGGAAAUAGUUUUCUCAGUUGCAUAUUUCAUCAUAUUUCUCAUAAUUCAUUGUUUCAUUAUUCCAUUAUUUCUACAGAUGUAGCUUCCUUUCUUCAAACACUCAUCACAGGUAUCGCAUGCUUUUAAUAACACACUGACAUGUUGCAAUAGAGAACUUACUGACUAAUAUCAAACAACUAUUGAGGCUGCUGUUUUAAAUGACAAAUAGUAUGGGAUAAAAAGAAUGUAUGAGGCACACAGUAAAGGGUAAAGGUAAAGGGACCCCUGACCAUUAGGUCCAGUGGUGGCCAACUCUGGGGUUGCAGCACUCAUCUCGCUUUAUUGGCCGAGGGAGCCAGCGUACAGCUUCUGGGUCAUGUGGCCAGCAUGACUAAGCCACUUCUGGCGAACCAGAGCAGCGCACGGAAAUGCCGUUUACCUUCCCGCCGGAGCAGUACCUAGUUAUCUACUUGCACUUUGAUGUUUUCGAACUGCUAGGUUGGCAGGAGCAGGGACCAAGCAACAGGAGCUCACCCUGUCACAGGGAUUCGAACCACCGACCUUCUGAUUGGCGAGCCCUAGGCUCUGUGGUUUAACCCACAGCGCCACCUGUGUCCCCUAAAUGAAAAAUAGUAUGGGAUAGAAAGAAUGUAUGAGGCACACAACUGAACAUCUAUAACACGGCCUUUUUUAGGCCAACCAAAAAUACCACAAAAUAGCAUGCAAGUUUUUGCAUCUUUCAGAACUCUGCAUCCGGCCAGCUCAGGGGUCCCCAAUGUGAUGUACCCUCAGACAGUACCCUCAGACACUCCCCUUGGUGCCCCCAAAGACCUGCCGCUUAAGUUUUGGCAUUUCAUUUGUUUUGGGUGGGGAGACACAUGGUUUACCAGUUUCCCCCCCUUUUGCCGGCAUUUUUUUGAUUUGGUGUUUUGUUGUUUCUGGGUUCUGUGUAUCAUCACUUUUUCUUCUGUGAAAUGGGUGUUUUGUGACAGUUUCUUAGAUUUCUAAAGGUGCUGGCAUGCCCUAAAAGGUUGGGAAACCCUGGGCUUGAUAGUAAACAGAACGGGAGAGGGGCUGUUCUUGUAAGGAUUAAAGCAGGGGUGUCCAAACUUUUUUCAAAGAGGACCAGAUUUGAUGAAGUGAAGUUGUUGAGCUUUUUUUUAGGAUUUAAGUUGUUGAGGUUUAGGUUUUUUUGGGAGUUUACCCCAGGAAAUAAACUGCCACAGGGGCUGGAUUAAACCGAUUUUGGACAUGCCUGGAUUACCACAGAGCCUAGGACUUGCCGAUCAGAAGGUCAGCAGUUCGAAUCCCUGCGACGGGGUUAGCUCCCGUUGCUCGGUCCCUGCUCCUGCCAACCUAGCAGUUCGAAAGCAUGUCAAGUGCAAGUAGAUAAAUAGGGACCGCUCCGGCGGGAAGGUAAACAGCGUUUCUGUGUGCUGCUCUGGUUCGCCAUGCUGUUAGUCAUGCUGUACGCCGGCUCCCUCGGCCAAUAAAGCGAGAUGAGCGCCGCAACCCCAGAGUCGGCCACGACUGUACCUAAUGGUCAGGGGUCCUUUACCUUUACUUAUACAUACAUGUUAAGUGGUUUGAGUGUUAUAUAAUUAGUGUUUUUUUUUGCUAUUUAACUUUUUAUGUAUCCAGGAAUAGCACUUGAUGUGGGUGAAUUUGAGUCUACAUCCUACAAUCUUUAGUAGUCACUUGCUUCUUAAAUAAAGGAGAGAAUGUUCUUUGCAGAAUGAUGGCCAUCACACAAAUAUUCAGCUCAAACUGGCGUUGUUGUUGUUGUUUAAUCGUUUGGUUGUGUCCGACUCUUCAUGACCCCAUGGACCAGAGCACGCCAGGCAUUCCUGUCUUCCACUGCCUCCCGCAGUUUGGUCAAACUCAUGCUGGUAGCUUCAAGAACACUGUCCCACCAUCUCGUCCUCUGUCAUCCCCUUCUCCUUGUGCCCUCCAUCUUUCCCAACAUCAGGGUCUUUUCCAGGGUGCCUUCUCUUCUCAUGAGGUGGCCAAAGUAUUGGAGCCUCAGCUUCAGGAUCUGUCCUUCCAGUGAGCACUCAGGGCUGAUUUCCUUCAGAAUGGAUAGGUUUGAUCUUCUUGCAGUCCAUGGGACUCUCAAGAGUCUCCUCCAGCACCAAAAUUCAAAAGCAUCAAUUCUUCGGCGAUCAGCCUUCCUUAUGGUCCAGCUCUCACUUCCAUGGCAUAACCUGGUCCAAAUUCUGUGCUGUUCUGCUGAUCAACAUAUUUUUGUACAUUUUGGCCUAGCAGAGGACGCCAAGGCAGAUUAUGUCACAUAAUCUUGCAGCAGCCUUUGUAAUCCUUGUUCUCUCCAAAUGUUUUGGACUUGCUGGCUAGGACUGAAGGGAGGUUGAAACAUCUGGGAAGCACCAAGUUCACAAAGGCUGUCUUACAUUAUCCUGUUUCCAUAAGUGGAAUGAUCCAGAGUUGCCAAUCUGAACUAAAGGGAAGUCCAGGCUGCAGCUUCAGUGCUAGUUUUAACAGUUAUUUAUUCUUUGAAGCAGAAACAUUGCCACCUGUGGUAAAAGGUACCCCUGCCCGUACGGGCCAGUCUUGACAGACUCUAGGGUUGUGCGCCCAUCUCACUCAAGAGGCCGGGGGCCAGCGCUGUCCGCAGACACUUCUGGGUCACGUGGCCAGCGUGACAAAGCCGCAUCUGGCGAGCCAGCGCAGCACACGGAAACACCGUUUACUUUCCCGACAGUAAGCGGUCCCUAUUUAUCUACUUGCACCCGGGGGUGCUUUCGAACUGCUAGGUUGGCAGGCGCUGGGACCGAGCAACGGGAGCGCACCCCGCCGCGGGGAUUCAAACCGCCGACCUUUCGAUCGGCAAGCCCUAGGCGCUGAGGCUUUUACCCACAGCGCCACCCGCGUCCUGCCACCUGUGGACUGCUAUGGAAAAUACAGGCUGUUCCUCAUCGAUGCCUUCACAUCACUUUCUCUUUUUGCAGAAUCACUACCACAGUUGCGUGUAACAUGGACCUGUCAAAAUAUCCCCUGGAUACGCAGACAUGUAAACUGCAGAUGGAAAGCUGUAAGUAUCACAUUCUACAAGAAGAUGAAACUAUCCCAGCCCCGACUGCUCUUGAAUUUGUUUCUUCAUAUUUAGGUGACCAGUUCAAACAUUUCAUUUCUGUCUUGGAGCUCAUGAAAUUUUCCACCUGCCCUUUUCAAAUGUAGAGCCAUUUCAAAAAGUAAACAGCUGCACCUAAUCUUCCAGUAAUACAUGAUCAUACUAAUUUUAAAUGGGCUGACGAGAAAAUUCACAAUAUAUAUUCUGAAACCAGAAGAAUGAAAAAAUAAAUCCAUAGGUGUAGAACACUUGGCAUUGUAGAUUCUAGACUUUUUUAUCCCACCUAUGGAAGGUGUCUUUGUGGCAACUAAUAAUGAAAUAGCUUUUCUUUUUUACUUUUUAAAUAUUUCUGCAUUGCUUCUAGGCUAGCAAUGGGCCUUUGCCGAAAACCUUAUAGUUUGUACUCAUGAUAUUGGGGCAGUUAUACUUGAUACUGAUCCCAAUAUUGUUUGUGGUUGAAAAAUUUUCUUUCUUUUAAUACAUUUCAGUUUUCAGUUUUUCAAAUUGCCACCAAUAAUUAUCAAAUAUGAUUACAUACAUAGUUGUAGUUGUUCAGACUUCCCUCCUCCCCUUCCUUGGUUCUCUUUACAAGCAUAAUAAUAAUAAUUUAUUAUUUGUACCCUGCCCAUCUGGCUGGGUUUCCCCAGCCACUCUGGGCGGCUUCCAACAGAGAUUUAAAAUACAUUAAAAUCUCACACAGUAAAAACUUCCCUGAACAGGGUUGCCUUCAGAUGUCUUCUAAAUGUCAGGUAGUUGUUUAUCGCUUUGACAUCUGGUGGGAGGGUGUUCCACAGGGUGGGCGCCACUACCGAGAAGGCCCUCUGCCUGGUUCCCUGCAGCUUUGCUUCUCGCAAUGAGGGAACCGCCAGAAGGCCCUCGGCGCUGGACCUCAUUUGCUAAACUGCAUCUUUUCCUUAGGUCCUUUUGUUUAUUACUCUUCGUAUUUCUUCCAAAGUCACUUUUAACUGUUAGAUUUUAAAUUAAUCCUUCUAUUGUGUUUAAUUGUUUACAAUGUUUUUAAAAUAAUCCCCGUAUCUCCCCUAUUCUUCCUUGAAAGUUCUUUCUUCUUGAUUUCUUAAUCUUCCCGUAAGUUUUGCCAUUUCUGCGUAGUCCAGGGGUCUGCAACCCGUGGCUCCGGAGCCACAUGUGGCUCUUUUACACCUUUGCCGCGGCUCCGGGGCGGAUGCUAGUGAGGGGAGGAGGCGCAUUGUGCGCCCCGACACUCCCCACUGUGGCGGGCGCUGUACUGGCUGUGACGUCGCAUUGGGGCGGUGCGUGCGUUAGUCACGCAGCGUCCCGGCGUCACCUUCCCGCCCGCCUGCUACAUUGUAAGGGGCAUGUACGCUGGUCACUGCAUUGAAAGGGGGCAUGUACGCUGGUCACUGUUUUGAAGGGGAGUGAAGAACACACACACACAAAAAAAGGUUACUUGUUAAUUUAACGUUUAUUUCUAUGAGGAGGAGUAAUUCUGAGGGGUCAAACAAAGAAAUAAUUAAAAAGUGACAAAAAAGUUAUUUUUAUAAUGACGAGUUUUGCGGCUCCCAGUUUUUUUUCCUUCGGAAAUGGGUCCAAGUGGCUCUUUUUGUCUUAAAGGUUGCAGACCCCUGGCAUAGUCCAUUAACUUUACUUGCCAUUCUUCCUUUGUUGGGACAGUGUCCUCUUUCCACUUCUGGGCAAAUAACAUCCUGGCAGCUGUGGUUGCAUACACAAACAAUUUUACCUGGUCUUGCUUGAAAAGGUUUUGGCGGUCAUAUAGCUUCAUUUUCAAGCAGCUCAUGCCCAGUAGCUUCCUGCUGAAAUCCUGUAAUUUUUCAUAUCACAGAUGUUCUGAGUUCCCACCCACUCACAUUUAUUGCCCGGGGGCCGGAUCUGGCCCAAUCGCCUUCUCAAUCUGGCCCACGGACGGUCCAGAAAUCAGCAUGUUUUUACAUGAGUAGAAUGUGUGCUUUUAUUUAAAAUGCAUCUCUGGGUUAUUUGUGGGGCAGAGAAAUUCGUUCAUUCCCCCCCCCAAAUAUAGUCCAGCCCCCCACAAGGUCUGAGGGACAGUGGACCCUACUGAAAAAGUUUGCUGACCCCUGCUGUAGAAUACACCCACAAAAGACAACCCACCAGUCUGAAGGGCCCAGUGCCAACAUAACUUCAGGCAGGAGUUUUUCCACAGUCCUGAUGCUUAUUUAACUGGAGAAGCUUGAGGCUAAACCUGGAAAAUUCUGGAAGACAUGCACAAUCUCUUUCACUGAGCGAUGGCUCUCCCUUAAGCUUGCUUUCACAACUCCUUCUAGAUCUCCCCACCCGUAAAAAGUUGCCCAUUCCUGGUCUACACUGACUAACAGCAAUUACCCAAGGCUUCAACAGGGUCUUUCACAGCCCUCCCUGAAGACGCCAGGAUAUGAACCUGGGACCUUUUGCAUGCAAUGCAUUUGCUCUACCAAAGAGCUGCAGACAUUCCCUUAAAAAAUACUGAAUUGGGGGAUGAAAUAUACUUGGAGUCGAGUGUGGAUUUCAUGCUCUUUAUUCAGCUCAUAGUAGUGAGGAAUCAAGUUCCCCCCAAAUAUCUGCUUUAUAUACAUUAUUUACACAAUGGGUCGCACGUGAUUUGCUAAUUCUGGGAUUCUCCUGUAGGCCAAUCAGGUUGCGGAUUCACUUCCACCUGGAGCUGGAUUGGGUGGCUCCUGCGGACCAAUCAGACUGCUGCAUUCUGAAUCCUAUUGUUCUAGGACCAAUCAGACUGCUGCAUUCUGAAUCCUAUUGUUCUAGGACCAAUCAGACUGCUGCUUUUUGGAUCCUAUUCAACUCAGUACUUAACAGGGGAACCUGUGGUCCUCCAGUUACUUCUGGAUGAUAGCUCCCAUUAUCUGUGAUUAUUGGCCAUGCUGGCUCAGGUUGAUGGGAAAUGGAGCCCAAGAACAUCUGUAGGGUACAGCUUCCUUACCGACCUUUUACAAUGUCUUUCUUUUUCACUCUGGGACAGUUUUGGAAAUACAUGUGCAAGAUUUUAUGGACAGGCCAUACAGUGUCUCUUCCCUUGCCCUACAUGGGAUGGGAUUCUUUUAAAAACAUGAGACUGUCACGCAGCACACGAAACAGGCGAGGCAAAUUUACUCCUAAUCAUUUGAACUUGCCUUUUCUCUCCUCUCUGUCAUUUAUUAACAGAGCAAGCCAAUUUAGGGAGCAGGUUUGAAUCUGAUUGCCAACUGGAUGAUUGCCACCCUAUGCAAGCUGUAGCCACGGUCUCAUUUUCAAUAGCUAGGCCACUUUACUGUAUAGAAUACAAUUAUUUUGUAUUUAAAUAUGCCUCCAGUUGCAUUCUCUCUGUGUGUCUUUUCUGUAACUCAGAAAAGUUGCGUUUUCACAGUACAUUUAAUAAAUAUGGAAUUCUAAGCAUACUUACUAGCCACUAGGGAGCAAGUCACAUUGAGCUCCAUAGGAUUCACAUCUGAGUAAGCAUACACAGACACAGGUAGCACUGUGGGUUAAACCACAGAGCCUAGGGCUUGCCGAUCAGAAGGUCGGCGGUUCGAAUCCCCGUGAUGGGGUGAGCUCCCGUUGCUCUGUCCCUGCUCCUGCCAACCUAGCAGUUCAAAAGCACGUCAAAGUGCAAGUAGAUAAAGAGGUACCGCUCCAGCAGGAAGGUAAACGGUGUUUCCGUGUGCUGCUCUAGUUCGUCAGAAGCGACUUAGUCAUGCUGGCCACAUGACCCGGAAGCUGUACGCCGGCUCCCUCGGCCAAUAAAGCAAGAUGAGCACCGCAACCCAAGUCAUUUGCAACUGGACCUAAUGGUCAGGGGUCCCUUUACCUUUACCUAAGUAUACAUAGGGCUGAACUGCACUUGCUUAGACACUUCCAUUGCCACUGAAUCAAGGAGUGCAUGGGAGCAUAGGAUGUAAGCUUUCCUAUAAGAACUUGACCUCUUUGCUACCUCAGGUUGAAUGGUGGGUUUAACAAGGGUCGUAUCUUAGUAUAAAGUUCCCUUUGUUGUUUCCAGAAAUCUGGUUGUGUAAAUUUAUGAUCAGGAAGUGUAGUCAACGACCACUAUGGCUUGUUGUAGAAUUGACGAGGGGAAAGUCCGGGCUAUUGAGCAAAUAGCUAAAGAACACAGAGGACAGGUCAAAAAAAUCACUGUGGGGUCAACACGGGCUUCACAUGCCAAUCCUGGCAUUCAGAAGGACCUUACUUGACCCACUGACUUUUCUAGACAUUCUGCUUUCAAGCCGAUAGGCUUGUUCCAUAGUAUCAGUUCCCUCACCAACAAAUAUGCGUGGAGAGCUGAUCUCACUUUUCAUUUUUUAUUUGGGAAAUCCAUCUACAGCUUACUACCACCAAUCAGACAGUUGCCUAUGGUCCAAACUCGCAUGUGUAAAUGGAAAGCACUUUCACAGAGACACUGAGGAAGAGGCAUUAUGUUAUUUGCAGUAGCCUCUUGAGCCUCAGGUUAUUCUGUUCUGGGGUUGGGGCUGCAGGGAGCUGGUGCUGGAAGGAAGGAAGGAAGGGAGGAAGGAAGGAAGGAAGGAGCUGAGAAGCAGCUCUGCGAGCAUAAGGACAUAUGCAGUGUUUCCCAAUCUCAGAAAAGCAAGCAAAGAUGCUGUAAGUUGUGGCCUGGAGUCAAUAGUCACGAGCUGGUGCAUCCACACAGCACCCUCAGGCAGCUACGUGGGCCUCAGCAUCUUGGAAGGCCUACGAUUGACCCUUCCUUGAGCCAGUGUGGUGUAGUGGUUAAGAGCGGUAGACUCGUAAUCUGGUGAACCGGGUUCGCGUCUCCGCUCCUCCACAUGCAGCUGCUGGGUGACAUUGGGCUAGUCACACUUCUCUGAAGUCUCUCAGCCCCACUCACCUCACAGAGUGUUUGUUGUGGGGGAGGAAGGGAAAGGAGAAUGUAGUGAUCCAAACUCUUCUCUUCUUCUUUAAAAUGGCAUCAGGACAUAUUUAGAGCUAUGAGAGUGCAUCGGGCAUUGAGCCAAGGGAGCGCCAUCUCACAGCCCAGUAUGCAAGGUGCUGGGCUUUGGGAAGGAGGUGUGAGGGCUCUGACAGGGUCCUAGAGCCCUCCCACCCAGUGGUGAAGCUGCAUGCUCUGCUACCGGGGGCAGAGAGCAGGUGGGGGCGUGUGGUGCACAUCCCAGGGGCGAGGUGUGCAUUCUGGGUGCGUGGCGCCUGGCCCGUGCGGGGUGUGUGUGUGUGCAGUGCAUGUCGGGGCGCGCCGUGAUGGCACCCUAGCGGAAUAGCGGUUGAAAUAUACUCAGAGUUGAGAGUGGAUUUCAUGCUCUUUAUUCAGCUCAUAGUGGUGAGGAGGAAUGGAAGUUCCCCCAGAAUGUCUGCUUUAUAUACAUUAUUUUCACAAUGGGCCCCACGUGACUGGCUAGUUCCGGGAUUCUCCUGUAGGCCAAUCAGGUUGCGGAUUCACUUCCACCUGGAGCUGGAUUGGGUGGCUCCUGUGGACCAAUCAGACUGCUGCAUUCUGGACCCUAUUGUUCUAGGACCAAUCAGACUGCUGCAUUCUGGACCCUAUUGUUCUAGGACCAAUCAGACUGCUGCAUUCUGGACCCUAUUGUUCUAGGACCAAUCAGACUGCUGCAUUCUGAACCCUGUUGUUCUAGGACCAAUCAGACUGCUGCCUUUUGGAUCCUAUUGUUCUAGGACCAAUCAGACUGCUGCAUUCUGGACCCUAUUGUUCUAGGACCAAUCAGACUGCUGCAUUCUGGACCCUAUUGUUCUAGGACCAAUCAGACUGCUGCAUUCUGAACCCUGUUGUUCUAGGACCAAUCAGACUGCUGCCUUUUGGAUCCUAUUCAACUCGGUACAUAACAGUGGUGCUUGGGGCAGUCCGCUCGCUCCACACUCCCGUUCCUCCGCCAGUGCUCCCACCUCCUUCCCAAAGCCUAGUUAGCGCUUGCCCGGCUUUAGGAAGGAGGUGGCAGGGCUGUAGGACCUUCCAGAACCCCAAGCCUGGUGUCUUCCUACCAGCCUUUGGGAAGGCAACACAAGGACCUGGGGGCGUGCGACCAAAUUGCACAGGGCGCCAUAGUGCCCAAGUCUGCCACUGAUUACCUAGACCAACAUUUUAAUAUCCUGCGGUGCUACAUUGGGAGGAAAUUAAAAUAGUGUAUCUAUUGCCUUCCGGUGUGGGUUGUAGUGCUGAUUGAUGCUGUCACUGUUCCCAAAUGUCCCAUAAGUUUCAGGAGGUCCACCAGCAAUAGGAGAAGACCCACCAGAGGAGACUUGGCCAGGGAUGCGAGCCAUCAAACUCAGAGCUGAUCAUGCAGUAGCCAAUCAGGUCACCUCGUCAUGUGUAUUCACUACAGUGGUACCUCAGGUUACCCAUGGUGUAUUCACUACAGUGGUACCUCAGGUUACAGACGCUUCAGGUUACAGACUCAGCUAACCCAGAAAUAGUACCUCGGGUUAAGAACUUUGCUUCAGGAUGAGAACAGAAAUCGCGCAGUGGCGGUGCUGUGGCAGCAGCAGGAGGCCGCAUUAGCUAAAGUGGUGCUUCAGGUUAAGAACAGUUUCAGGUUAAGAACGGACCUCCAGAACGAAUUAUGUUCUUAACCAGAGGUACCACUGUACUUCAGAAGGUACUGAAUCUGUCCUCAGUUUCCUGAAGGAAAGAACCUUUGGGGAGGGGUUUUUCCACCAUCACAUUUGAGUAAGAUUUAGCAGUUGCUAAAAGGUCUGGUCUAUUGGAUAAAGCAGGACUCAGGUGGCGCUGUGGGCCUAGGACUUGCUGAUCAGAAGGUCGGCGGUUCGAAUCCCUGCGACGGGGUGAGCUCCCGUUGCUCGGUCCCUGCUCCUGCCAACCCAGCAGUUCGAAAGCACGUCAAAGUGCAAGUAGAUAAAGAGGUACCGCUCCGGCGGGAAGGUAAACGGCAUCUCUGUGCGCUGCUCUGGUUUGCCAGAAGCGGCUUAGUCCUGCUGGCCACAUGACCUGGAAGCUGUACGCCGGCUCCUUCAGCCAAUAAAGCGAGAUGAGCGCUGCAACCCCAGAGUUGGCCACGACUGGACCUAAUGGUCAGGGGUCCCUUUACCUUUUUUAUUGGAUAAAGCAGCCUCCUGUCUGUGCACAUGGUAACCUUUACUUAUUUAAUAGAUUUAUUUAUCAGGGCACACAAACUGCUCUCUUGUGUGUGACACGCUACUGUGCCCUUGCACGCAGUUUGGGAAUUCCUGAUUUAAGGAGUCAUGGGCUUUUGUCACACAUGGGGGCAAGAAGAACCAGAACAAUUUGGGUGCAUGCGAGGACUGAACUUCUUGAAGACUCUUUGUUCAUCAUGGUUACCAAUUCAAGCAAUGUCUAAAAUCUCAUUAUUUUAAGACCAGGUUUUACUUGCCAGCUACUUGAGUGGAGUUCCUAUGGAAGGGCCUAUUAUUUUCACAUUAAAAUCAUAUUAGUUUGCCAUGAUUAACUUUAUUACAAUGCACAGAAACUGAAAUAAUAAUGAUUAGCCUCUUGUUUUAAAAUGUAGCUGGGUUUAGCCUUAAAAAGAGAGAAAGAGAGUAAUUGGGUCCUAUGUCAAGCUCCUGUGCCAUAUUAUUCUUAUGAAAUUACAUGCACAUUGCCAACUGGAGAUGUCAUUAGGAUAAAUGCCUGGAAUUAAUGCUAUUUAAAUAUAUGCCAGAUGAAUUAAGAACAAUCAGUCAUUUAUUAUAAAGUUUCCCUUAGUAACGGCAGUUAUUAUUACAAACUGGGCGCAAACUUUGAAAAGUCAUAUUUGGAUGAUUUGUACCUGGGGAAUCAGCACAUUCUGUGUAAUAUCUGUUGCAAGAUUCCCGUCAUUUGUUUCUAGUGGAAAACACAAUUUCUCGCUCUUUGCUGUGAAGGCAAACUGGUAAAUAUCAGUGUUUCCGUUUUUACUGCGUGGCAGAUCUUUAAUUAAAUAGCUGGGCCGACGAAAACGUUAUUGGCUUGUUUAUGAAAGCAAUCUGAUUUUAGGAGAGUUGUAUAACUCUUUGUAUUUGCAGUACCUUCCGUUCAUAGGGGGAAAUGGCUCGUAAUUUCUGUUGGGCUGAACUUACAUCCAUGCUGCUGAUGAAAUGGCAAUCUUUACUUACAAGAGACCUCACUCAUUCAAAGCUUCUUUUCCAUUGUCAGCAAUGGGGGAUAGACUCAAAUAACCAGUCUUGUAACACUGAGAGUAGAGAGGGGAAGCUGUGUCCCUUUAGUUGUUGCAUGCCCAGGUGCUAUGGCCCACUGCCCAGCCACUCAUGACACCAUUGUAGGGUUCAAAUUAGGACGCAACUUCAUCAAUUACAGGUGUAAGAGGUUUGGCUUACUCAUUGGGUUAUAACCGAUAUCAACCAACUCGUCUGCUGGAUGAUUGACCCGGGGUCAAACCCAAGAGACCCUAUGAUAUCCAUCAAAUCUAAAGUGUGCAAUUAAGAUGCACAGUUCACCUAUAUAAUUCUCUCUCUCAAUAUGGUCUUUGGAAUGCUUUGAUGGUUUUAUAUCGGUUUGUAUGUAUGUUUUGCCUGUAUUGUUAUAAAUGAAAACACACAUUCCUCCAUCCUCAAGAAUCCUGGGAACUGAACAGUUUCCAGCACCUUUAACAAUCGAUGGUCCCUAGGAUUCUAUGUGUAAGGUGUGCUUUGAAUAUAUGGUGUGUACACAACCAAUCAAUCUUUAUUCCGGUCAAAGACCAGACAGCAAAGUUAACAACAACAACAUACGCCACAACCGCAUAAAGAAGCGGGUGUAAUUAAAAUUUCCCUCUAAACUUAUUUACAUUAAAAAUAAUACUCCUUCAGCUAAAAUCUGUAUUCUGGAAAUUAAAAUCAGUACUCAUUCUCCGGCCAUCACUGUCACCACAGCCUGUCUUGUCCUCGUUGCUAUAAAACAGAAUUUUGCAACCGGCCUGAUGAUAUUCAGAUCUUUAUUGGCAAGAAGGUAUUUAACAUAAGAUUCCUCUGAGCGGUAAUUUCCUUAAUAAUGGUAAAAUUAGCUCUCUUCAGGUAUCACAGUACAACGGGCCCAAUGGAGAAGAACGUGCCCAAUGGAUUCAAUCUCAUUAGAGUUGCAUGGACAUAAUCUUUGUUCAGCUGGGAUGUCAUGAUAUCUGCCUUCUAGUAGUGCUGAAGGGAGAGCAUUAAAAUGGGCUCUGGAAAUCAAGAACUCCAGUGGGAGUUCAAGAGUCCAGUGCAGGACGCAGGGGCAAAACAUUCAGCUACUUACUCAUUUGGUUGUCCAGUUACCUCUUGCAGUGGCGUAGCGUGGGUUGUCAGCACUCAGGGCAAGGCAAGUAAUUUGCACCCCCUAACCCGUGGAUUUGCGCCCCCUAACCCUAACCCCCAGAUGUUGCGCCCGGUGCGGACGGCCCCCCCUGCACCCCCCACGCUACGCCACUGACCUCUUGAUGCCUUUUUAAUAUAUUGCCUGCAGGGGGAUAUGAUGAAAAUGAUCUACUGUACACUUGGUUGAGGGGAAACGAUUCAGUCCACGGCCUUGAGAACCUGCGACUUUCUCAGUACACAGUGGAGCACUAUUACAGCCUUGUAACAAUGUCUCACCAGGAAACAGGUAACGAAAGCUGGAGAAGCAGAGACGUAAACAAAUAUGGCUCACAAACGUUAGCUGUUCUGAAUGGUCCAGGUCUACUUAUGAACCUUUCUCUGAUUUUGAGAACUUUGGAGAGGUGAUCAUAGAACUAUACAGUGGUACCUUGGGUUACAGACGCUUCAGGUUACAGACUCCGCUAACCCAGAAAUAGUACCCCGGGUUAAGAACUUUGCUUCAGGAUGAGAACAGAAAUCGUGCUCCGGUGGCAGCAGGAGGCCCCAUUAGCUAAAGUGGUACCUCAGGUUAAGAACAGUUUCAGGUUGUGGUUCGAGGACCCGAUCCCCGCGUAGUGGAAUGAAAACACGAGGACACGUGAUAUAAGGUUAAUGGGCAAGAAAAGGCCACAACUUUAUUGAUUACAGCAAGUGAAAAGGUACAGUAUUGGCUUAGGCAUUGGAUUACGUCAGCUGGCUCCACCCCCUCAGAGAGGGGUGAGUCUAAAACAGGGGGGUUUAUUCACCAGUAGGUGGAGCCUGUUGAUGCUAAUCCAACUAUAAGCGCUCCCCUGAUGUCACCGAGGGUCGUGCCAUGGCCUCCCGCCAAGCAGGCAUCAGACAAUAUACACGACCGCCAGAUUCCUUUAACGGAAUACCCAAAAAUUGAAGGCAUAGGCGAUGGCCACACCUAGCCCUUCGACACACCACAACACAUUAUUCCAAUGCCUAACCUACCCACCAAUACCACGAAAGUUGUGACGAUUGCUACGAGGUAGGCGAAAAAACCAAAAGGCCUAAUGCCAAAUGGAAAAAUUCCUAGCAGGCCCCCCGGACAACCAGGGCGACCAACCUAAGGUCCAUAGCAAGGCCAAAAGAAAACGGAGACCCUGAGCUCUAAGGGAGUGGAGGGUGGGUGACUCGCGAAGGGACGACGAAAAGUGAGGCCGGAAGGCUGGUGCCGCAGCAAUUUGGGCUGCUAAACACGCCCCCUCGCAGGCACCUGGUUGGGUGCCUGCCCGUGGGCGUAGGCCAGCCAGGUGAGUGGGAGGCAGGGGGCUAACGCCCCCUGCUUGAGGCGGAGUCCGGCUCCCGACCACAACCACUCCCCUCUCUUGCAGGAGGAGAGUCUUUAAGAACGGACCUCCAGAAUGAAUUAAGUUCUUAACCUGAGGUACCACUGUAGAAUCAUAGAGUUGUAGAGUUGAAAGGGACUCACUUCUGAUGCCAGGCCUGUCUUCUGGCCAGUAAUAUGAUGGCUCUCUUCUCUACUUCGUCAAAAAUCUGCAUCCAUUGAAUAAAACUUGGCAUAGGAUUGCCUUCUCUCUGUGGAUGGUUUCUUUUCAUUGUAGGAUGUGUUUUCUUUCUCUAACUAGGCAAUUACCCAAGACUAGUGUUGCAGUUUGAACUCAAGAGAAAUAUCCUGUAUUUCAUUCUGGAGACGUAUGUGCCAUCCACCCUCCUCGUCAUAUUGUCUUGGGUUUCUUUCUGGAUCACUCUGGAUUCCGUUCCGGCAAGAACAUGUAUUGGUGAGCUGUUCUCUGAAGUAGGAUACUUCAUGCAGUGGAUGGGAGAGGGAGCAAGAGAACACAACCACCUGUUGUUUGUGAGGUGCUACAAGCUAUGUUGAAUGUAAAAACUGAAAUGUUGUGGUACCCAAGUUUCCAAAGCUGGGAUAAAUCAUCACAAACAUUUGACAUGUUAACCACUGUCACCUGUCAAAUGCUAAUUUGAACAGCAUCUAUCAAAUGCUGUCAGAUGGAAAAUACGAAUUAACUCUGAAUGUGCUUUCAGACUUUGAAUAUUAUUUCAUGCCAGCCAUGAAUUGGCACAGCAUGUGUUUUUCAAACUGCCUUCAGGAAUGCAUGAACUCUUUAGAAGGGGAUCAGUCCUUUAGUGUAGCUUAGUUUCUGGAUGACAUCCUAAACUGAGAAAAAUGGAUGACGAAGGGCUAUAGCUCAAUGGUACAGCACCAUGGCUUAGCAAGAAUGAGCAAAUGCAUGUGCACCCAGAAAGAAAAUGGUGAGACUUCAGUGCUCCCCCAGUUCUUCUGCUGCCAUGCUAAGGUAAGAUAUAGGUACCUUUACUUGGCAACAGCCACAAAGUCAUUCCAGUGUGGUGUAGUGGUUAAGAGCGGUAGACUCGUAAUCUGGGGAACCGGGUUCGCGUCUCCGCUCCUCCACAUGCAGCUGCUGGGUGACCUUGGGCCAGUCACACUUCUCUCUCAGCCCCACUCACCUCACAGAGUGUUUGUUGUGGGGGAGGAAGGGAAAGGAGAAUGUGAGCCGCUUUGAGACUCCUUCGGGUAGUGAUAAAGCGGGAUAUCAAAUCCAAACUCUUCUUCUUCUUCUUCUUCUUCUUCUUCUUCUUCUUCUUCUUCUUCUUCAGUGCCUCACCUGUUGGAAGCCAGAGCAGCUAGCCUGCUGCCUUCAGAUGUGUCCCAUCAACAUUGUUGAAGUAGGAUUCAGUUGUUAAGGCUAGUCGGAUUCGAUAUGUGAAAUGUGAGGAGGCCCACCAUCUUUGGCCAGCCCUGUGCUUUUCUUUUGAUUAAAGUGUUCCUUCCUCCCUCCCACCCCGCAGGAGUAACAACUGUGCUGUCAAUGACAACUCUGAUGAUGGGCUCACGAAACGCUGUGACAAAGACCAAUGGUUUCAUAAAAGCCAUUGAUGUUUACCUGGGCAUCUGCUUCACCUUCAUAUUUGGUGCCUUGAUAGAAUAUGCAGUAGCUCACUAUAUCGCAUCGCAAAAGGUAAACAAAAAGAUUUAUUUAUUUAGCUUGUAGGCCACUUUCCCCUAUACAUAUACCCAAAGCAGCUCACAACACAAGAAAUAUGCAUCAUCAUCGCAACAUUCAAACAGUAAAGGUAAAGGUAAAGGGACCCCUGACCGUUAGGUCCAGUCAUGGCCGACUCUGGGGUUGUGGCACUCAUCUCACUUUACUGGCCGAGGGAGCCGGCGUACAGCUUCCCAGUCAUGUGGCCAACAUGACUAAGCUGCUUCUGGCGAACCAGAGCAGCGCACGGAAACAGUGUUUACCUUCCCGCCGGAGCGGUACCUAUUUAUCUGCUUGCACUUUGACAUGCUUUCGAACUGCUAGGUUGGCAGGAGCAGGGACUGAGCAAUGGGAGCUCACCCCGUCACGGGGAUUCGAACCGCCGACCUUCUGAUCGGCAAGUCCUAGGCUUUGUGGUUUAACCCUCAGCGCCACCCGCGUCCCUUAUUCAAACAGUAGAUCAUUUCAAAACAUAAUGUUACAAAUGAAUUAUUUGGAUAGCAUCAACCUAGUAACAUUUUAAAUUGCCAAAUAAGCUGUCAAGCAUUAUAUCAAUUAAUAUCAAAUAUAAUAAGCGUUUCCAGUAGAAUCGCAUAUGAACAAUAAUAAAGCCAGCAGCCUUCUAUUAGGAAUGAAUAAGGGAGAAGGUGUUGGGGAGCAGGAUGUAUAGAAGUGGGGAAGUUAUGCUUCAGGGAAAGCAUUACCAAGCCAAGUUUUCACCUGGAAAUUGAGUUGGCGUGACAACUAGACAAGGGAAGACAUAAAAAAGGAACAAGUCUCAAAAGGAAAGAUGGGUAAUGAAAGCAAAUAAGAACCGAAAAGAAGAUGAAUUUGCUCACGGUAGAAAAAUUGCAAGGUAUAAGAAAUAAUAUUAAUAUUAAUGUUAAUAUUAUUAUUAUUAUUAUUAAUAUUAAUAAUAAUAAUAAUAAUAAUAAUAAUAAUAAUAAUAAUAGAAAGAAACAGGGAGCCGAAGCAGAUAUUGCAUUCAGAGCAAACUACAGAUCAGCAAAAGAUGAAAUGUUUUCAAGUUUAUUAAAUUACCUGGCAAGCUGCAUUUAAAGAGCAACAGAACGCCUAUUGCAUAGUUUAGAUUUGCAAUGGGAAGAGCAGCAGAUAGAGCUCCGCACCGUUUUCAGCGGUGAAAAAGUUACCGUAUUUUUCGCCCUAUAGGACGCACCGGCCCAUAGGACACACCUAGAUUUUGGGGGGGGGGGAAUAAGGGGGGAAAUUUCCACACACACCCCAGGCACGGGGCCGGGGUGGGGGAAGCCCAAGCUUCCCCCGACCCCAGCCCCCAGAACGGGAGCCAGAGCGAUGCCGAAGCUGCGGGCAGUUUCAGCAUCGCUCUGGGAGCUUGCACGGCUGGGGGAGGAGCAAGCCCGAGCUUCCCCCUCCCCCAGCCUCCAGAACAGGAGCCAAAAAUAUAACAUGCAGUAGUUUUGAUGCAGGUGUUAAAGCAAAAGGGGAGAUCUAUGAGAGUGGAGAAGGCUGGAUUCGGACUUACGCAGUUCCAUGAAAGCAGAAUCUGCCAGUGUCCGCUUUCUCCAUGGAAGCAAGCAGCCUCUGAAAGAACAGGCCAGGAGGAGAAUGAAUUAUAUCCUUAGCCCCCUCUGUUACCCUUUGUGCCUGAAAACAGGACGUGACUUGCCUCCUGGGCGUUCGCUUUCCUAGAGGAGAAGCUAGUACACAAUCAGGAAACCAAAAUAAGGCCAUAAAUGAUCAAGGAUUUUGAAAAUUGUAUCUAUUCUAAGUCAGGCUCUAGGUUUGAUGGAGGACAUCUUCUGGUGGGCCUCCUUCUCUGCUGGUGGGUUUGCCUGGAGGUGACGAUGCUGCAAGAAGCAUCAGGCUGAUGGGUCCAGCCUCUGCUUUAUUUCCCAUAUUGCCCCUGGUGAAGUGUUUCCUUUGGGUGCAUUGUGGGAAAUUAAUGUGACAGCCAGAUCCAGCUGCGUACUGCUGCUUGGAACACCAGCCUACACUAAAGAGAAACCAGGGAACCAACGGCGGGUGCUGAGGAGGUCCUGGCAGCUGCCCAUGGAUGCCAGGGUUUGAUCUCUGAGGUCCAUUGCCGAGGGUCUUCUGGCGGUUCCCUCACUGCGAGAAGCCAAGUUACAGGGAAGCAGGCAGAGGGCCUUCUUGGUAGUGGCACCCGCCCUGUGGAACGCCCUCCCACCAGAUGUCAAAGAGAAAAAUAACUACCAAACUUGUAGAAGACAUCUGAAGGCAGCCCUGUUUAGGGAAGCUUUUAAUGUUUAAUAGGUUAUUGUACUUUAGUGUUUUGUUGGAAGCUGCCCAGAGUGGCUGGGGAAACCCAGCCAGAUGGGCGGGGUAUAAAUAUAUAAAUAAUAAAUAAUAAUAAUAAUAAUAAUAAUAAUUAUCAUCAUCAUCAUCUCAGGCCUGUCCUAAAAGUGGUAUUUAGCUACACUGCAGCUGUUGUCAUUUCCAGAAUCCUAGCAGAGCAAUGACAACCCAUAGUCUGAUGUAGUUGCAAAUUGUACUUUUCCGUGUAUAAGACGAGUUUUUCCCCCUCUUUAAAAUAAUCUUUAAAAAUGGGGGUCGUCUUGUACACAGUGUAUGGGGGGGGGACAGGUGAUAGGUUGCAGCCGUGAGCUGCAGCUUGUCAGCACGAUUUGGUGGGUGAUUUUUGGCUUCUGCAAGGGCUGCUGUGGAUUGGCUGCUGCUGCGGCAAUUGUGCAUGCGAUUGCCGGCUGCUGUUUGCGAGUGGGCAGACGCUUCUUUGCUUCUGUGAUGCGAGUGGUUGUCAGCGUUAGUGGUUUUCUGCACCUCCGCCCAAAAAGCUCAACAACUCUAGGCAAUCCCCCCCAAAAAACUCCAGGAUAUCUUCCCCCAUUUUCUUAAAUUAGGUAAAGGGACCCCUGACCAUUAGGUCCAGUCGUGGCCGACUCUGGGGUUGCGGCACUCAUCUCGCUUUAUUGGCCGAGGGAGCCGGCGUACAGCUUCCGGGUCAUGUGGCCAGCAUGACUAAGCCACUUCUGGCGAACCAGAGCAGCGCACGGAAAUGCUGUUUACCUUCCUGCUGGAGCGGUAGCUAUUUAUCUACUUGCACUUUGAUGUGCUUUUGAACUGCUAGGUUGGCAGGAGCUGGGACCGAGCAACGGGAGCUCACCCCGUCUCAGGGAUUCUAACCGGCGACCUUCUGAUCAGCAAGCCCUAGGCUCUGUGGUUUAACCCACAGCGCAACCCGCGUCCCUAUUUUUUCUUAAAUUACAGUUCCCCAAAAUAGGGGGCAUCUUAUACACGGGGGAGGGGGGUGUUAUACACGGGAAAAUAUGGUAUCUCCUAGAUGGUGGUGGCAUGGUUUCUCUGAGUGUUGGCACUGCAGUAGUGAGGGGAAAUCACUUUGUAUUGGGGCUGGAAACUUACUUCAAAAAACACCACCACCUGUAAGCCAUCAAAGGGUGUGUUCACCAAGUUCCUAGACAGGAUAUUAAAUUUUGGUCCCUCAGGGUUUAGCAUCAGUAAACAAGAAUUUGGCUUUUGCUAAAGACUUCCAGGGAUUUAUUUAUUCUUCUAACAUCCCAGACUAAUGGUAUGUUGGCAACAGAGUCACAGUGAACUUCUGCCCUCUGCAGUUAUAUUUCCUUGUACUUGGUUUUGGUGCGUUGGUUAUGAAAUAGUGAUAUAGCCCAAAUGUGUAUUGGUAACUUUUUCUUGUUUUAGGCUUCUACAAAUGAGGUUACCAGAGAAACGGAAGAUGUCACCAGUAUCUUUUCCACAUCUGUCACCAGCUACAAUCAAAAGAUCAACUUCAGUGCCAUCGAUAAUAUCGCCCACAGUGGUUUGACUAUGAAACCAAAGGACAAAAUUCGGUUUCUUUUGAGGAACAAAAUGCGCAGGGUUGUCAGCUAUUUCACAAUUCAAAAUCCAGGCAACAUCGAACACUACUCAAGAUUGCUCUUCCCUCUGUGUUUUUUGGUAGUCAAUUUGUUUUAUUGGGUUUAUUACUUAUUCUUUUAG